CCGAUGCCUCUCGACGAAGACCGCCAGGACUGUGCGUCCGUCGAGGCGUCCUUGGGCGUGGUGGACGGCGCCAUGGCUGCAGAGACUUUCUCGAAGAGAAAACGCGAAAAAAGAAAAGAGAAAGAGAUGAAGAGAUUCAGACGAGACGGAGACUUAAGGAGAAAAAGGCGCGCAGUAGACAGACGAGCUUCGGCGGGUCUCGAACGGUUUUGAGACGGAGCUUUCUGUCGCGGGGAAAAGGACGGAACCGAAGAAGUCGGGCGACUUACUCAGACCCUCGCGAUCCGCUGUGAAGAAGGACCGGCUCGUCUUCUUCUGCUGGUAAGAGACAACACGGUGGAUGCACGUUGUCGGUGUACUUCAGAGAGCUCUCUGGUGGAAGACCUCCCUGUGUUCGUGUAUUCGGGCAAUCAGAGAUCUCACGCGCUCUCGAUUCCAGCGUCUCUCGUCUCUCUCCGUGGUUUUCUGAAAAGGAAAAGGCGGCCCCUAUCAGGAGAUGACAUCUUGAAGCGACCCAAGGCAAACGCGGCAAGAAGAAACUGCAUGCUCACUGGUGUAUUGUCGCAAGCGCAAAUAUCCGGUCAACAAACGAAGACGGACCAGCCGGCCACGUCCCGGGUUCUUCGCAAAAAAAAGAUUCAACUUAAGGUGUAUUCUCAGGUCGCAUAUUUCGCUUUCUUGCUUCCGGAGAAACACGAUUUCCCUCGAAAUCCCGACGGAAAAAGCUUCGAUCGAUCUCUUCCACACGGCGUCUACCUCGCGAUGCGCCUCCGAGUGUGACAGGCCGCACGCGAUGACCUGACUGAAAGGGGCCUCUCCUGUUCUGCAGACGAACGCUGAGGACGAGUCUCGCGCUCUCGCAGAGACUAGCGGUGGGUUAAGGAUUUGUUCUGCCUUUGUUUUUCCUUCCACGCGUCUUUUUCUGCACUUUGCUCGAAACGAUCGCUGCUUUCCACCCGUCUCUUGCGCCGGCCGCCGAGAAGUCUUGAACUCUGCGGGAGUCGACGCCAAGAACGAGGCGGGACUCGACGACGGGUUCCGUGUGUUUUUUUCCUGGAUUUUUUCUCGCGUUUCUUCCUGGAGCGAAACGGAGCGCUUUGCUCCUUCGCUUGUAUUUUUCCGAGCAAACUUCCCGCGAAAGAGGAGAGGCAGACACCAUCGUUUCUGUGGUCAGAAACCUGUUUUCAGACAGGAGCGCGCAUGCACUGGAAACUUUGGAGAACCCGUAGCUUCCUCGCGACCUCGCCUUUCUAAAAAUGGCAGCUUCUCGCCUUUGCCAGUACCUCGCCGGCCGCGGGCAGACGGGAUUGCUGUCUCUGUCGGCACCCCGCCUCGGUGCGCCGAAAUUCGAACGCAAAAUGCUCGGAUCUUACCCUGUCUCCCCCGAAUUCGAGAUGGUCUGGAGAGACCGCCUGACUGCGCACGGCGGCUACAUUCAACAGACGAUUUCCCCGUACCAGCUGAAAUUCAUCUAUCCCUUUUGGCACACUUUCUUUGCUCGAUGCUGGUGCAAGUGCAGCGCGUACGCCUGGCCAUGGGUGUGGCCGGGACUGAUUACCUUCGGUCUGGUCAAAAAGAUGAACCACGACGUCGAGGAGGACAUCCGUGACCACUACUGGUAUUAAGCGUCGUCGGCUUUUUCAACGAUGUUUGCCGGUCCAGAUUCGCCUCUUUGCGGGAGAGAAACCCUGGCGACCGUAUCCGCGAGGUGUUGAAACUGUCUGCGCUGUUUCUACGACUUGAACUCGUAAAACGGAAGGACGCUAGGCACCAAGUGUCGGUCGGUGAAGGCGCUUCGCGGGGCCGAGAGGGAACUGCGUUUCACACCAGUUCAGAACGACGUUCUGCGAAGAGUCAGAGAAACUCAUGUUCAAACCGUUUCUUGUGGCUGGAAGUGCACCACUUGCAAAUCGGGCGCGAAAGUGCAACAGUCCGCUGACACACACAGACUCCACCUGACACUGCAGUGUUCAGCUUCACCGGGCAGAUCGCCGAUCGGGCGGAGCUGCACGAACUUCAUUGGCAAAAGCAACUGUUGCCGCA